AUGGAUCGACAGGAGAGCUUUCUCCAGUUACUAGAAAAGCAAGAGACGGUACGCCGCAAAAAUAGCAUCAGUACAAAAGGCUACAUUCGAGACUCUUAUCUCUAUUUGAUUUCAGGUUACGAGAAAAUAUGGCAAGAAGUUUUAAAAGAAAGGAAACGUCGCGAAAAACCAUCAGGAAAUUCCCAAACGAAACAACGAAAACUUGAAGGUGAUCUUAAUUUAGGCACAAACGACCAAUUAAAACUUCUCAAUGAAAUAAAAAAUCAAGUCAACGAAAACAAUAAUUUAAUUAAAAAAAGACUAGACUCUCACACCGAAGCUGGCGAUAGCAUUAAAAUAUUAGCUGAGAAGAAUUUCUCUGUACUGAAUCGACUGUCCAAAAUGGCCGAUAUAAGUGUAAAGAUUUUUAGUGGACAAGAUACAAGAAAACGUGAUUUAACGCCAGGCUUUGACAGUGAAAAUAUCCAAGUAACUAAACCGAUAGCCAAUUAUACACCAAUUAAGGUACCAAAUAUAUAUAAAACUCGUGUCACUGAAACCAUAACUAGCACGGAGGAAACAAAACCGCAAGAGAUAAUUGACGAUGGAGAAAAAUUCAGGGACGCCAGUUGUCAAACCUCAAACAACUCCUGGCCCGGCGUGGAAACCUUUAUUAAAAACUAUAAAGAGUAUGACGCAGCUCGCAAGAAAGAAAUAUUGGAUCUAAAUCGUAGCAACACAACACUUCGUGUCGGGAGUGCAUAUGUGACUAGGAACGCGUCCCGAGACUCCGACAGGGCGAAGGCUCUAGUCGCUGAAAGGAAACAUUUGGCAAAAGAGGAGACCGCUGUAAGGAAGUCCAUAAAGAAAUUGUACAGCGCUUUAGAAACUAUAAGGAGUCACAUUAAAUCUUAGUCGCAAUAAGAAUUGUAAUUGCGUUGAUUCAUAAUUUAGGUUAUUGUUUACCAAAGAGUUGAGACAGUUUAUACUUAAAAUACUUAUUGCCAUCACAGAUUGUUAAUAUAGACUAGCAGGUGAAAAAAAUUCAUAUCAUCUCAUAGGCAUCAGCUAAAUAUUGAAAACAUCCAUUUAGUUAGUAUAUUAGAGUGAUAACUUUUUUAAGUUUGCAACUGAUAUAAUAACAAGUAUACUGUAAUAAUAAGAGCAAAAAAUGAAUUUUAUCCAUAUUUCGAUACAAAUUGUCAUAAAUAAUAUAAGUAAUAAAGUACUUAUUAAAAUAUAUUUUUGCAAAGUAGAACUAACUUAACUUAAUAAGACUAAUGUUAUUUAAUAGUAUUAAAUAUUUUGUUCUCAUCUCAUAUUUCAAAUAAAUAUGACUGUAAAAAUAUUUCGUACUUUAUGAAUAAAACCCAAUUUGUCUGUUAAAUCAUAUAUUUUGCGAUCAAGCAAUUGUUUUAUUUUUUAGUAUUUUUUAUUUUAGAAACAAAUGACAGUGUUUAUGUUAAUUUUACAUUUAAAUAUUGAUUGUGAAUAAUUGUAUUAUUCUAAAAAAGUGAAAAUGUAAACAGUUUAGAUAAAAGUAGUUAAACUACUCAGAGUAAGGAUAUAUAAUUGUUCAAGAAACAGCAAUAUUAGAAGAAAAGAAAAUAAAUUAUCAAGAUUUUUAUAUUUGCGAUUUGAUCAUUUGAAUAUAAUUAUUGAAAUAUCAAAUAUACUGAUAUUUUUUUUAUUCCCUUGUGAUUUCUUUACAGAACAUACAUCUAUUUAUUCACCUUUAACAUAUAUUUAUUAUUUGUAUAAAAUACUUUAUAUGUAAAUUACUACUAUAGAAAUAAAGAACUUUGUCAUACAAA